AAGAUAGUCAGCCAAAAACUUAAAUUUUAAAGGAAAAAAUAUUCUGUGUUGACUGUUUAACCAAUCAAAAGAUAAAAUAAUGAAAUGUUUUACGUUUGCCUUGUUGUUCACAAGUGCUUUGGUCAUAAACCAGGCUAAAAUUAUCCAAGCCACUCAGCAUUAUGCUUAUAAGGCUAAAGAGGAUCAUCAACAUAAUCACCAGCUGAAACCAAUGCACCAAUACCAGACGCAAGCAAACCCCAGCAAUCAGGUCAGUCAGCCACUGAAACGAGCCCAGGAAAUAGUGGCCAGUUAUAACACAUAUGACAGCAUACACCAUCCACAAGGAGUCCAUUCACCACCACAACCAUCACCAUCUGGGCACUCAUCAUCGGCUCAGUCUUAUCAAAAGAGAUAUACUAAUGUACAAUAUAAUGUUUUACAAAACUUGGAUCAUGCCGAAACUGGUCGGGAGUAUCAUCAAUCACAGCCUUUGGUCUACAACUUAAGGGAGAUGAGUCAACAGGAAAAGCCUUCUUUAUUGGCUCUAUUGAAGAGGCAACAACAAGAAUUGAGUGAAGGUUAUGCCACUUUUUUGCAAGAUGAACAAGAACAACAACAGCAUAGUGGAAGCUUCAGCGACAAUCGGGCACAGCAACAUGACAGCACACUCCAACAAACAAAUCCUCAAAUGUUGCAUUACCAACAACUACAAGAACAACAACGACACUUGUAUUACCAACAAUUACAACAGGAGGAACAACUGCAGCAGCAGCAACAACGGCCACCACCACCAACACAGCUGCAACAAAUCCUCUACGAGCCAAAACAGCAGCAGCAACUGGCUGUCGCCUUUGUCACUCCAGUAGCACAGUCAACAGAAAUCACCACUCCAUCACCGUUGGCUAUAACCCAGGCAACAGUGCAUCCAAACUUACAACAUCAGGCAAAACAGACAUUUUUAGCACCACCACCACCGCCACCAGAAAUUGUGUCACACGCAACUGGCAACGAAGCAUCACCACCAUCGCCAUCCAUAAACCUAAAAUUAUAUCAAAGUCUGCCACCACCAUCAGAGCACCAACGCAACCAAUUGCCCGAAUAUGCAAUUGCCACGGGUGUAAAAUAUGCUACCAUCAACCAACACCAUAAUAAACCAUAUAGUCAACCAGCAGCACCCCCAUCACCUAUUGAACGUCAUCCUGCCGAGGUAUAUGGCCUACCACCCCAAACCCCAGGCAAACAUUCUAAACAAGUCUUAUAUGCUCCCAUGCGUUUCGAUCGCAAAUUGCCUUAUUCCUCAAAAACCUUCCCCUACCCACCCUCAUUUAUCUCCCUGACCACCACCGAAAGGCCUGUGAAAUAUGAGCAGCAGCAUUUUGCUUCUCCCCCACAACACUACUAUUCUUAUGAUCACAAAUCGGCCUACAACAAGAUACCUGAUUUAUUUGAUCAUCGCAAUGCCAAAUCUCUGUUGGACUCCUACAUACCCAGUUGGCAGGUGGUGAAAAUGCUGCAAAGUUUUCAGCAGCAACCGCAACACCAGGGUGGGAAUAUAAAUCAUAAUGGCAAUUUGCAAACCUUGGCAACACCCUAUAAGGGACACUUUAAAAGGAAUGCCAGUAAUCAGGGAAAUUUUUAA